AUGGGGAAUUCUCAAAACUGUCAGGUAUGUGCCAGUGUUGAAAGCGUACUGGAGCAGCUUGGUGAAGGAAGCAGUAAAUUCUGGAUAACAAGUCUUCAGUCCGAUCGCUGUUAUGAUGUCAGGAAGCCGCAAGACUUCAUGGGAGGCAGAAUUAUUGUUGAGGACUCAAAGGGCAACUCCAUCUCAAUUGUAAACACCACGGCGCUGUCAUUUCUAUUGGGCCUGUGCUGCUGGUGGGAAAAGACAUAUCCAGGGAUGGUGAUGGUGGUGUCUGGGACAUUGUCUGGAAUCUAUGGUUCCAUAACUCCAGCCUCUCUCACUCUGGACCCGAACACAGCGCAUCCCCGGCUCAUCCUGUCUGAGGACCGGACCAGUGUGAGACUCGGACACAAACCACAGCCGCUCCCUGACUCCCCGGAGAGAUUUGAUCCCUGGCUCAGUGUCCUGGGAUCAGAGGGAUUCACAUCAGGGAGACAUUACUGGGAGGUGGAGGUGGGGGUGAAGACCGAGUGGAAUCUGGGAGUGGUCCGGGAGUCUGUGGAGAGGAAAGGGGGGAUCCGCCAGCGGGAGGAGACCGGAUUCUGGAUUGUGGCGCUGAUUCCCGGAAAAGGUUAUUUUGCCUCCACCUGCCCCUCAGUGACCCCCUUCUCCCCGAGUGGGAAUCCCCGGAAGAUCGGGGUUUUCCUGGACUAUGAGGGUGGACAGGUGUCAUUUUACAAGGCGGUCACCAUGUCCCAUCUCCACACUUUCACCCACACUUUCUCUGACAGGAUCUUUCCCUACUUCAAUCUGGGACGGAAUAUUGACGGGAAAAACUGCGGCCCGCUGUCAAUCUGCGGGAUUAAAGGACACUGACUGAUUCUUCACAUAAUCCCUGAGGCUGUGAGCUGCAGGAACCCGGGGACUUUGAGCCUGUAAUGUUGCUCCACAGGCGGAAGGUGGCGCUACAUGACGGUGUUGGAGAUGAAUCAGUCAGUGGUUCUCAGACUGGGCUCAGUGGUGUCUUUCCAGGGGGACACCAAACCAUUUCACUGCAGGGUCAGUGGUGUCUUUCCAGGGGGACACCAAACCAUGUCACUGCAGGGUCAGUGGUGUCUUUCCAGGGAGACACCAAACCAUUUCACUGCAGGG